GCCCCGACGUCUGCGCCGGCUCGCGAGCGCCUGCCGUUUCUGAGGGCGGGGCGGUGGGCGGGGACGCGCGCGCCGGGGCGUGCGUGCGCGCGCGCCGCGGGCGGGCCAGUGAAGCCGGCGGCCCUGGCACGUGACCCGGGACCGGCUCGGUCGCUUGGUGGCUCGGUCUGUCUGUCCGUCCGCGGGUGCCAUCAUGGCGGACGCGGCCAGUCAGGUGCUCCUGGGCUCCGGUCUCACCAUCCUGUCCCAGCCGCUCAUGUACGUGAAGGUGCUCAUCCAGGUGGGAUAUGAGCCUCUUGCUCCAACAGUAGGACGAAAUAUUUUUGGGCGGCAAGUCUGUCAACUUCCUGGUCUCUUUUGUUAUGCUCAGCACAUUGCGAGCAUUGAUGGGAAGCGUGGAUUGUUCACAGGCUUAACUCCAAGACUGUGUUCAGGCGUCCUUGGAACUGUGGUCCAUGGUAAAGUUUUACAGCAUUACCAGGAGUGUGACAAGGCUGAGGAGUCAGGAUCUGGAAAUGUACAGAAAGAAGUUUCAUCUUCCUUUGACCGGGUUAUCAAGGAGACAACUCGGGAGAUGAUGGCUCGUUCUGCUGCGACUCUCAUCACACAUCCCUUCCAUGUGAUCACUCUGAGAUCUAUGGUACAAUUCAUUGGCAGAGAAUCCAAGUACUGUGGGCUUUGCGACUCCAUAGCAACCAUCUAUCGGGAAGAGGGCAUCCUUGGAUUUUUUGCGGGCCUCAUUCCUCGCCUCCUCGGUGACAUCAUUUCCUUGUGGCUCUGUAACUCGCUGGCCUACCUCGUCAAUACCUAUGCACUGGAUAGUGGGGUUUCCACCAUGAAUGAAAUGAAGAGUUAUUCCCAAGCUGUCACAGGAUUUUUUGCCAGUAUGUUGACCUAUCCCUUUGUGCUUGUCUCUAAUCUUAUGGCUGUCAACAACUGUGGGCUUGCUGGUGGAUGCCCUCCCUAUGCCCCAAUAUAUUCUUCUUGGAUAGACUGCUGGUGCCUGCUACAGAAAGAGGGAAAUAUGAGCCGAGGAAAUAGCUUGUUUUUCCGGAAGGUCCCUUUUGGGAAGACUUACUGUUGUGACCUGAGAAUGUUAAUUUGAAGAUGUGGGGCAGGGACAGUGACAUUUCUAUAGUCCCAGACGCACAGAAUUAUGGGAGAGAAUGUUGAUUUCUAUACGGUGUGGCGCGCUUUUUUAAUAAUCAUUUAAUCUUGGGAAAAUGGAGGUGUUUGGUGUCUGCCUUUUUUGUUCUUUUUCCCAGCACAUGAUUUACUACUGAUACUCCCCUUCAAAUGGGACAUUUUUACUCCAGGUUAUUUUACUUAAAAUAAGAAGUUGCAUUUACCUAAAGGUACUGGCAAGUUGUCAUGCGAUUUGAGUCUUAAUUUAAGGCUUUGUAAAAUGAAGAGAGUACAGUUCCAUGAACAAAGAGAAAUAAUUCUGUAAAACUUAAGAAAAUGAAUAAGGCAGAUGAUACUGGAAGUUAUAAACUACCUUUUCUUUGGUAGACCUUAAAACUCAGCAGCAUCCACUGGAAUCUGCCUCCCAGCAUAUUCUUCUUAGCACAUUUAAUUAACACUGUUUCUCAUACCUCAAAGAAAGGACAGUGCACAGCUAACCUACCCUGGAAAAGCUGCACGCUGUUAUUGCAGAGCAGUAAAUUGUGUUGCCAACAGGAAAAAAGGGCAGUUACAGAGAAUAAGCAGGAUUUGGAAAGGAGGUGUAAUGGCUCCUUUUUCGCCCCUCAAAGAAAUUCUUAAUGUCAUAUGAAAUAUGAAAAGCAAAUACUGUAGCAUUAGCCUUGACAGUCCCUAAAUUACAUCAUUAUACAGUUCUAAUUGUAUAUAAUCUUUUGUUCAGUUUUUUAUUUUGUUUGCAUUUUGUCAUUGCAGAAGGUGAGUAGUUUGUUUUUCAUUCCUCAUGACACCCUUGGAAGGUGUACUUGUAACCUCAUGUCUGACUGUUGACCAGCUCGCAUGUCAUACCCUCAGUUAGGCAUGUUAACAUUCAUAGUAGGGGGGAAAUCAUUUUAGAAGGAAAUAAAUUUCCACUCAAACAUAAAGCUCUUAUUUUACUCAGGCCUUUUCCAAGCAGGUUAAAAUGCUCUUAAAAUGAGAAAGCAUUUGGUUUUACUUAUUUAAAUAAUCCACUGGGUUGUUGCCAAAUGAGUAAACACUUCAUUUGCUGUUUCUCAGAAGAAUUCGCUACUUCCCGUCAAAGCAGCAGCAUCCACAGUGUUAGACUGAGCAUGCAGGGUCUCCUCUCCUCACCCCCACACCCCGAGUUUAAGAAUAUAGCCUGAAGCUCGUGAGUAGCUUACCUUGAAAUGUCUUUGAUGUCUCUUUGUUUCAAAAAGUAAUGUAAAUUUUAUAUUCUAUUCAAUAUUAUCUGCAUUUGUUUUAAUAUUAAAAUGUUUUGCAUUACCUACUUUUUUUUCCCAAAAAAAAAUCUUCAAGUAAAGAUGAUCUAGGAAACUGC